GCAUGUCUGUGCCUCGGAGUCUCCCUCGCGGGACAGGUUCUGGGAAGAUGGAUGCAAAGAAUUUGAAUUCUGGUCCCAUCUCUGUACUUAUUACUGAGUCACCGUUUGCCCAGAGGUUCAGGGAGUAUUUGGAGAGCGAGAGGGUUCUGGAUGUCUGCCAUCGUGUGCAAAAGCUGCUGGAUGGCACAGUGGCAUUGCCUGUGCUGGGAGAGAAACUCACUGAGCAGCACCUGCAGGAGCUGCGGGAGAGCCUGCCCCCUGAGACGACAUGCACACUGACGUGGGUUCAGAACCCCAUUCCCUCAAAGGCAGCACGAGUCCAGUUGCCUGCCCGGAAGCUGUGCAGGGAGCUGCAGCAUUUUGUGUCAGCCUCUGGGGGCACAUGGUCAGAUAAGCUGGAGGACGAUCUCCCUCGUUCUUGGCAGCGGCACGGAGACCUCAUCCUGCUGAGCGAGGACAGCUUCAGGGCUGCGUUGUGGAAGGAGCUGGGACCAGAGCUCUGGGAAACAGUUGCUUCUGCUCUGGGCGCCCGACGCGUAGCCAAACGAGGGCGAAUAUCACCGGAUGGAGUACGAUCCCCAACAGUGACCCUGUUGCUGGGGCAGGAUGGCUGGGUGGAGCAUGUGGACAAUGGAAUCAGAUACACGUUCGAUGUGACCAGGUGCAUGUUCUCUCCUGGAAACAUCACAGAGAAGCUGCGGGUGGCGUCUCUGCCAUGUGCCGGGGAAGUGCUAGUGGAUCUCUAUGCAGGGAUUGGCUAUUUCACGGUGCCGUACCUGGUUCACGCCGGUGCUGCCUUUGUCCAUGCCUGUGAGUGGAACCCCCAUGCUGUGGAGGCCCUGAGAAAGAACCUGGAGCUGAAUGGCGUGCAGGAUCGAUGUCAGAUCCACCAAGGGGAUAACAGGCAGCUGGAGUUGCGGGACGUGGCCAACAGGGUGAAUCUGGGGCUGCUCCCCAACUCGGAGGAGGGCUGGCCUAUUGCCUGCCAGCUUUUGCGGAAGGGCACAGGGGGCAUUCUCCACAUCCACCAGAACGUGGAGUCCUUCCCAGCAAAGGCUCAUUUGCAUAGUGGCCACUUGGAGAAGCAGCAGCUGCAGCAAUGUCCAGAGCAAGCCGUAUCCAACAGGCAGGAGGACAAAAUGAGCCAAAGGAACCACAGGAGCCCAAAGGAUGCUGACAUCAUGGAUCCUGGGAGGGAGACCCAGGCAGUUGCGACCAGGGCCGAGUGGCAGAGGUGGGCAGAGACCACAGGAACGCGGAUCAGGGUUCUGCUUCAGCAGCUACAUGGGAAGCCUUGGAGGACAAACAUUCUGCACAUUGAGCCAGUGAAAUCCUACGCACCCCAUGUGUAUCACAUAGUCCUGGAUCUGGAGUGCCGCCCCCUCUCUUAGUACACAGGGAGAGUGGACUGCACCUUUGGGUUCCCCAGGAAUGUCGCCUUCUCCGCUAGCAAAUGCGCAGGGGGAGCUCAGGGCCCAAGCCUGAGAAGUGCACAAAGCCUACACAAAGAUGAGUGCUCCCAGCUGGCACCCUGUGAACUGGUUCAGUCUGACACUGGUCUUUGCCUUCAGCCCUCAUGGGACCCCUCUUCUCUCCAGACUGGCCUGUAACAGCUUGACCUGACCAUCAUGGUGCUCCCUGCAGCUGGUGCAUUCACUGCUCUCUGUGAGCUUCAUUCUAUUUCCAUUUCCUGCAACCAGGUAAAACAUUUGUUGUAAGUUUUAUCUGCAUGGGUCGUGUCUUGCUGUUUUUCCCAGCGGGAUGGCAGAGUUCUCCAGCACUCAGCUCCAAACUCUGUUCUCACCACUAAUGCCAGCAAGAGACCUGGGCUUGUGAACUUAGCAGAAUGUCUGAGUUAAGAUUCACCAAUUGAGCCAGAGAGCAUCUUAGUCCUGCACAGAGGUUGCCACUGGUGCCAGGCUGUGGGCAAAUUGUGUCUCUGUGACCACUAGGACCUAGGCUGAGACUCACCAGACUUACUGCCCUUGUGAUCUAAUCAGAAAAUGCUGAGCGCUUUGCUCAUGGUAUUCAUUUGUUGUGAGCAUGUGAAGAGCUCCAGGACGUAGUGUAGUCCCUGUGGGCUGACCUUGCUCCCUCCGCUGCUGUCCUGGUCUAUUCCAAUUUACCGCACUACGAUCCUGAUCUUGCAGUGAGCCCCUGUACAGGCAGAUCCCCACUGAUGUAAGUGGGGCUCAGUGUGGAGCCAGUUGCAGGAUCGGGCCCUAUGUACUUUAUCACACAACAGAUAUGAACUUUCCUGUUUCUUAGCAUCUAAGGGGGCUUGUUAAUCCUCUUGUUCCAAGCCUGGAUCUGAAGUUGCUAAGAUGUUUGCCCACAAGUUUCAGGAAGCCCGGGCAAGCAAUUCCUCUGCUGCUACUUGGGAUUUUUGGCCUGUCUCUGUUUAAAAUAGUGAGAAAUGAAUGAAUAUAGUGCUACUGAAAGGUGCCAAACUGAGAUCCCCGGAGACCAAAGCCUCUCCCCAUAGAACAGGUGCAGAGUCAGUGCAAGAUUUCCCCACCCAGCAAUUCUGCCUCACUCCUGCCCUGGAUGGAACAUAGGAACUGCCAAACUGGGUCAUGCCAGUGGUGUAUCUAGUCUCCCAUCUCCAGCAGUGGCCAGUGCAAGCUGCUUCGGAGGAGGGUGCAAGAAACCCUGCAGAAAGCAGUUAUGAAAUAUCCUGCCCACAAUAAUAAUUUCUUCCUAAUCCCUGUUUGUUAGAGGCUGGUUUGUGCCCUGAAGCAGGAGGGUUUAAAUCCCUUCCAAACCUCUGCAUUAUUUGUAACCCUCACCAUUCUAACUGACCUGAGCAAGGAUUGGCAUCACAAGUGAGAUCUUGUGGCAGGUGAAUUGUGUACUGUGUGGAAAAGGUAUUUCCUUUUAUCAGUUUUUAAUUCACCACCUUUUGCUUUCGUUUUGUGUCCCCUUUUUCUUCUACAGCGAGAGAGGGUGAAGAAAAGCUCCUGACCUGCCUUCUCAAUAGCGUUCAUUGCCACCUUCUCUCUAGUGAUUAAUGCUAAGAGGGUAGCUGCCCAUUUAAUCCUUGGCCUUGAUUUAGAAACUGCCAAAUAAGAAGCCAUUUGGGACAUUGGGCUUUUCAAAGGGGCCACCUGUUCACUAGGAACUGAACUGGAACCACCACAUUGUUUUCACAUAACCUACUGCUCAGCAGCCAUGCAAUGGCAAUGACUUCCGGUUGCUACUGACCUAGGCUGCAGUCAGGCCUGUGACAAGAGGUGAAUGGCUCUGGAUUAGGGCUGUCGAUUAAUCGCAGUUAACUCACGCGAUUAACUCAAAAAAAUUAAUCGCA